GAUUGAUUUUAUUGUUGUUUUGAAAAUAGAAUUGGGUUCGCCAUGGCCCAGCGUUUGGCCGUCGAUGGAGCUCACGUUGUCAUUAGUAGCCGCAACCAGAAAAAUGUUGACGAAGCUCUUGCCAAGUUGAAAAGCGAAGGUCUGUCCGUUUCGGAAAUGGUUUGUCACGCCGGUGGCAAGGAAGAUCGGACUAGGCUCCUGGAAAAGACAGCGGCAGAAUUCGGAGGUUUCGAUAUUUUGAUUUCCAACGCCGCAGUGAAUCCCGGUUCAGGCCGUCUGAUGAAAUGCACUGAGGAAGUUUGGGAUAAGAUAUUCGACGUUAACGUCAAGUCUUCGUUCUUCUUGGCUAAAAAACCUCUUCCGCACAUGGAAAAGAGAGGCAAAGCCUCCAUUAUGUUUGUUUCGUCUGUUGCUGGAUACCUUCAAAAUUGCGCAGUAAUAAAUUACAAAUUAGAUUGUGCGACUUAUCAACACCGCAGUGUUGCUGACUUCCGUUUACCUGUUUUGGUUUAUAGGUUGAGUUUUUUGGGGCUUAUGCUUUGAGCAAAACAGCUCUUCUAGGAUUAAGCAAGUUAAUGUCAAUGGAAUUGGGUCCCAGGGGAAUUCGAGUCAACUGCAUUUUCCCAGGAGUUAUUGAAACACGAUUCGGUGCAGUGGUAAAGACAUUUUAUUUGCGUCCCCCAAUAUCCUCAGUUAUCUAAAUUUAACAUUUGUUUGUUGUACAGAUUACUGGCGAUAAGAGAGUACCUAAAAUUAUGCAGGAUAAUUGCCCCUUGCAAAGGUAUUUCUGUUAGAAUAUUCAUUUUUACUUUAAGUUGUGAAUCGAUUCUAUCAUUUUUUGCUUAGAAAUACACGUGAAACAAAAGAAUCGACUUAGAGGCUUCUGUAUUGAGAACAGGCUUUCCACAUGUGUGGAGAAAAAAAUGAAUCAACUUAGACAAUGGUGAUAAUUCGACAUAAGGGGUAUCACGAGAUCAACAU